CCCUAGGGUGCGGAUGAGGGGUAUGGGAGCUGCGGUCAAGGAUGUGACCCUUGGUGUUGAGGGGGGUGAGGCUGGAGUCUCCCAGGUCAGGGCUUCUUGAAAACAGAGCCGAUGAGCAUCCCUGGCCUCUGGGGCUGAAGCCCUCCCCUCGGCCCCAGCCAAUGAUGGGGCCUGGCCUUGAGCCCCCCACCCCCAAGGGAGGGCAGAGGGCCAGGAAGCCAGGCUUGGCCCGGCAGUCUGUCGCCGCACACCGUGGCUCUGGCGCCUGUGCUGUGACCCCUGCCCUUGGCGGAUGAUGAAACCUGUCCUGAGCAGCCACAGUGAUGCCUGGCAGGCCUGGGGGAGACCAUCAUGUCCCCAGGAGACUGACCUAUUCCCAAGAUCCAGGCCUGCUUGUCAGUCACCUUGCUGUGGUUUCGGCCUUGCCACAGCCUGAGUACACCUGAUGGUCUCUGGCUUGCCCCUCCCUGGUGAUCUCUUUCAGAGAGCAUAGCAAGCAGCCUAGGGGCUCUAGUGAGCAACAGCGUUGGGGUGGCGGCCGCAUCCCCAGGCCUCUACACAGGAUUGACUCUGGUGUUCCUGUGUGAGUCAGGGGCCGUGUCAGUAGCCAGUGAGUCAAAGUUCCAGAAUGUCUCCAGCCAUGCACAGCAAGGGAGCCAGGUAAUAGACAGGAAGGAGGACACCACACAGGUUUCAGUAGUACCCCAAGAACCAACCAUAAACACCCUGGAGUGUGCCCUGUACCAAUUUCUGUGGUGUAUAUUCUCCCAGCAUGGCAAUUGAGAAGGUUCUGGCCUAAUUCCUCUGCUCUGCCAAGUCUAACCUGCUGCUGAGUCCCUUGUGCUUAGAGGGAGAUGGAAGUGUGAUGAUCAGGCCAGGCCCCUGGUGUCAGUGACUAGAAGGCGUCUGUAAGCCUAAACUAACAGAAUCCGGGAGGACCACUCGGAGGCCGAAUAGCACUAGCUGCUAACACGGAAGUGGGUUGGUACCGGUGCGUAAGAUGUGGGGAGCUAGUGAGCCCUGGUGUGUGAAGGAAUGGACUAGCCCACAUGCCGGGCUGUGAAACAUGUUGGCUCUGGCUGUGACUAAUGACUGCCACCACCAUAGGCAAAAGGGGACUUCAACACGACAGCUACGUCGUGUGGUCUGGACAUUGGACACCACAGGCAGCCUAUGCUUGGGCAUCUGUCUGUCCUGACUGGUGCUAGAAUGUGCCCUGCAUAUGUGUACCCCAUUGCUGGGUCACUCUGGGAAGUCCAGUGACAGCCAUACUGAAGACACCGGUACGGGUAGAGGGCAAUGUCCAGGGGAAAAGGGGAAUUUUUCUGGGAUCCACAGCGUGACAUCACAGGUGGCCGGCUGGAGGAGUGUGUCCAUGGCCCUAGCUGCCCCACCCCCUGGAUGCAGCUCUGCUGGCUGAGGGUGACACAACCCUGUCCCCUGUCACUCUGUUCCCGCUUAUCUCUCCCGCCUGUUCGGCGCCACUAUCUUCUUGGAAAUGGGUCAGGGCAAAGGGGAGGGGGCUCAGGUGUCCCCUCCUCCAACUGGUCCCAUAAAAAGGCCUAGGACUGGGUCCCAGACACCAGGCAAACCCUCAGAUGGCACAGCAGGACGGAAGGCACGAUGGCACAGAGCACUAAGAUCCAGGCUGCCUGUUUCUUGAUCCUCCUCAUCGCCAACCUGGCCAGCAGCAGCAUCCUCCAGCAGCUGGUGAGACAGCCUGAAGCACUACAGCCCAGGCCCAGGACAGAAGCCAGGACAGAAGCCAGGACCGACGGGACGCUCCUGAUCCCAAAGCGAACGAGGCGAGACAGCCACUUCCCAUUCUGCACUUUCUGCUGUUACUGCUGCGGCAAUUCUGACUGUGGCUUCUGCUGCAAAACAUAGAGCCGCCUGCCCGGCCUCCCAACAUCCCCUGCCUCCCCUCCGCCCUCCCCCCAUUUAUUUAUGAGCUUGAAAUAAAGAUGACAAUUUUACUUUCA